AUGGAAGAGAAGACGAUCAAGCAGGACGCUCGCGAGAGCUCUCCCAUCUCCCCGCAAAACGCUGUGGAGCAAGGCCAAACGGAGAAGAAGACGCUGUGGCAGCGCGUCAAAGAGCCUGGCUCGGUAUGGCAGAUCAUCAUCGCGGCGCUGCUCGCCAUCAUCAUCGGCCUGGCUGUGACGACUUCUGUCGAGGAAGUACCUGAGGCUGCUAUUGCUCUCCUUGCCAUCCCCGGUGACCUCUGGCUGCGCGCGUUGAGGGCUGUCGUUCUCCCUAUGAUCGUGACGGCUAUGAUCCUCGCCGUGCAGCGCCUGCGCAACAUGUCCUCUGGUGGCGCUGGUCCUCUCGCUCGGUGGACCAUUGGAUACUACGUCGUCACGACUCUUAUCGCCGUCAUGCACUCCGCACUCCUCGUCGGCCUCGUCUGGUCCAAGCAAAUGGACACCGUGUCCGGCGACGCGCUUGCACUUUCCGAAGAAGACCAGGAGACCGUCGACGAGCGUGAGGCCUUCACCGUCCACGAAGUCGUUGUCGACAUGUUCUACUCGCUCAUCCCCCAGAAUAUCGUCGAUGCGCUGGCGACGGAUGCGCUGCUCUCGGUCCUCAUCACGAGCAUCGUCGUGGGUUAUUGCAUCCGUCCCGGCUCCGCACUGCUGAGAGCUGUGGAAGAGGUCGAGCAGAUUGUUAUCAAGAUCAUCGGCAUCUUGAUUAAGCUCGCGCCCAUCGGCGUCUUUUUCCUUAUCAUGCCCAACCUCUUCAAGCUCGACAUCAAAGAGAUUGGCGAGAACCUGGGCAUCCUGAUCGGAGGAACGCUUUGCGGAAUGGCAAUCCACCUCUUCAUUAUCAUACCCAUCAUCUUCUUCGCCGUCACGCGUCGCAACCCGUAUACCUUCUGGCUCAAGAACUCGCCGGCCUGGAUCACCGCGUGGGGUACUGCUAGCUCUGCAGCUACUCUCCCGGUUACCAUCCGCUGCGUAUUGGCUCGGGGAGUUCCUCUCACCGUAACGGAGUUUGCCGUACCUUUGGGCUGUCUGAUCAACAUGGAUGGAACGGCCAUCUACUUCCCCAUCGUAGUCGUGUUCCUCGCAGCCACGCAAGGCAUAACGCUGACCGGCGCAGACUACGUGGUCGUGUGUUUGCUCUCGACACUAGCAUCCAUCGGCACGACACCCAUUCCUUCCUCUUCUCUGGUCCUAACAGUCAUGAUUGCCGGCAGCGUCAACGUGCCGAUCACCGGAAUGUAUGCAGUGGUCGUCGCGAUCGAUUGGUUCUUGGACCGCUUUAGGACCGCCGUCAACGUGAGUGGGGAUAUGUUCGCUGCUAUGGUUAUAACGAAGAUUACUGGCAUCAAAGAUGAGGAGGGUACUGUGAGUGAUGAUGCUCUUGCCAUGCAGGAGAGGGAUUUGCGGGACGGAGAGCGUGUAUAG